CCCGCACUCGUCCCGGUAUUUCCCAUAUUUGGGUAUUAACAUCCGGGAAUUUUUUGACUAACAUCAUCGCCGCCAUGAUGAACAGGAGCGGCAUAAUGCGCCUCGAAACUCGAAGCCGAGCUAAAGAUGAUGUCAAACGGGUUAUGCUUUCAGUGGAGCGCGUAAGGAAAUGGUAAUUACCAAAACCAUGUACACGUGAGCGUAGAUCUCUGCAAUCGGUCGGAAGUUUUUGAAUUUUUCCCAUUUCAGCCUUCAUUCAUUUUUCACACAAAAGACCUUAUCGCGCGAUAACGGAAGUGUUCCUGUAGUCUGUCUCAGAUUCUUACCUUUUCCCGACUAUACCGAAACCUUUUUUCUUUUCGCAGGGAAAAGAAAUGGGUUAACGUGGGUCCUAGCAGUUGUACGCUAAAAGUAUUCAAAUGGGUCCCUGGUAAGUGAAAAAAAAAAUUUAAGGACUUACCGCAGACUUGUUUAUGAGCGCACGUGGCCGAUGCGCGACUAAAAUUGUGAAACUGAUUUUAUGUGCACCGUGACUGUCGUUUUUCAUUGUGCGUGUAUUACGUAAUUGACCGGUAACAUUUACGUUGAUGCAUGCAUGUUGUCAAUUUCAAAAAUACAUUUUCGUCAUAAGCAGAAUAUAAGCGUUUCAUAAUCAAGAUGAUUAGUUGGGCGAAAGCGAAUAGUUGCGUAGUGAUCAUGCCAAUCUUGCGAAAAUAUCGUUUUGCAAACUUUGAUAAGCUUAAAUAAUUUUCUUAUUUAUAUGGGCAAGAAAUGUACAUAGCUUCCUUGUAGGUAGCAAAAUUCCAUUGUGAGAGUUGCUGGUAACCUUAUUAAAAAAUAUUGAAAUUUAAUAUUUUUAUAAGGUUACCAGCAAGUCUCAAAGUUUUUAAAUUUGUAUUUCUAACAUUUGAUAAUUAGUGUGGGAGUCCAAUGUUUUAAACAAGGUCCUGGCACCUUGGAUUUUCCUAACAACCUCAUUUUGUUUAUAUGCAUCUACCAAUGUAAACCCCUGUGGGGGGGGGGGGGAUGUGGGCAAUCCCAUCCCCUUGGAGAGAGAUUUGAUCAAGUACACUUUCUCAGGGUAUUGGGCAUUUGAUUGUUUCAGCAGAGAGACUGGGACCAUGUAUGUAGUGUAACUACACCAAAAGGCAUGUUCUUUGAUAAGGUGCAUUUUUCUUCAUGUCUAUUUCCAGGUCCGUAACCAGGGGGGGUGCACGGGGUGCGUUCGCUCCUCCCAACAGGCCCCAAAGGUCCGCAUUUUGAUACUCAAUAUCCAAGUUAAGGCGUGCAGUCGGUUAAACUGAAGUUUCAAACUUAACAGUGCAGUGAUAUUUAAACAAAAUCAAAGAAUGGAAAAAGCAGUGGUGUAUUCACUGGGAAAAUAAAACCAGCUACACUCUAGUAGCCCGAGCCAUUCAGAGCAUUUCAAUGAGCGCAGAGAUGUCCAAGCUUAUGUAAACGAAUAAUGAAAUUAACGUGCGCAGGCCCCGGGGCGCAGGCUUUGCGCGGGAGUUUACGACGAGCGAGACAAUGACAAGGGAGCGAUCUCACGAUUUUUGUCAGCCACGUCCGCUAACGCAUCGGGUAGUAUUCUCUAUUUGUACGAGCGCAUGAACGCCUGAAGAUGCAAAAUUAGUUUUUUGCGUAAUACGUUAUGGGUAGGAGAGAACAGGAAAAUAGAAAGAGGAAGGGUGCAGCUAAAUCUUGCCAGUCUCUUGAUACAAUUCAAUGGGUCAGUAAAGUACCCCGUCAAGAGCUAUCAGACGCUGACAAUGACAGUGCAGUCUGCGAUGACAGCCCAGCUGAAACCACAACUUCAGAUGUGUCUCAGUUAACUACAGUUUUACAGCGAGAUAUAAACGGUAAAUCAUACACAUUUUCGCAAUGUCCACCAGUCUUGAUCCCAUUAUUAUGCUCUGAGAUUUAGUCGCUACACCCACGGAGGCUGGAGCUCGGAACUGUUCUGACGGAUUAGUUCCGCAGUAUUUUGAUGUAUCAUUUUACAUCGUAAAAUUACUCCUUUAUAACUAAAUUCAAACAGUUGUAUUCGAAAAAUGUAAUAUUCAGUUCCUACUGUGUUCUUUGCCGUUACAAUUUCUCAUGUAUUGCUACUUUCCUAAAUAAACGGAUCAGACGAUAAAAAAUACAUUUCCGUAGUUGGGUCCGCUUUGGCCUCGUUAGCACCCCCCCACAUAAAAUCCUGGUUACGGGCCUGAUUUCCUAGUUUGGGGAUCACCUUGUGACUUUGCUACUUUUACAAGUAAACCCCUGAGGUAGAAGUGACUCUUUGUGCUAAACAAUAAUGAAAUAUUUAAUAGAAGUGGAAAGGUCUUUUAUAUGUCAAUGAAACAAAAUAUAUAUCUAAAGACAGGUCUUAUGAAAGGUGUUUCACUCAUUUUUAAGCUCAAACAAAGUGUAUUUUGAAGGGAAAAUUAUUUACAGCAUUGCUUUUUAUGGAGACAACAAUAUAGGUCAUGCAUCAUGUUGCCUCAUAAUGAGGAUAGGUUAAGUCAGGUUUGUGACUUACUUAUGGCCUUCACUCUUUUUCUCUUCAUGCUGCUAAACAAUGGAAUUAAUUGCCAGAUAGAAAAUAAUUUAAAGCAGUGUGUAAAUAGUUUUUGUAAAGUACUUCAUAUAGUCUUAUGUUCAAUUAACUUUCCAUAAGAUUUGUUGUCUAUCUUUUUUUUUUGUUUCUCUUGGAAAGAUGAUCUCCUUAAAGCAACUCUUAAAUUCAAAGAGAAAUAAAGGUUUUGUUUGACCAUGGCAGGAUUAGCUCAGUCGGUAGAGCUCUUGACUGCAGAGCUUGAGGUCGCAAGUUUGAUUCCUGAGGUCAGACCAACACUCACAGUCUUCAAAUAACUGACAAAUGAAGGUACUGCCUUAAUUUGCCCUGCAAAUGGCUAGACCUUUGUGUCGCUUGGAUGACGAUGUAAAAUGGUGGUCCUGUCUCCAGUAGGAGACGUAAAAAUAGCGUCCCCAAUUAGUGCUUUCAUGCUUAAAGCAUUGGCACUCUAAUAAAGUGCACUUUUUUUAUGUAUGUACAUGACAUCCAUCAUGAAUUGAAAAGGUCUCUUGGUGGGGAUUUUUAGCUCUAUUUGAUGAAGAUAUCCCUCCCCACCCUCGGGAAUUGUCCAAAAUUUUUACUUUUUGAUCAAAUCCCCAACCUUUGCCCGCACUCUCCUUCCCCCUACACAGGGUUUAUGUUGAUAGACAAUGUAUUAGUUAAAAACAAAUACUAAUCUCCGGAGAAAUUUCUUUCUCACAGUGAGUCAAGAUCAGAACAAAGAGGUAAGUCUUGCAGGGAUUUUGAUUCAGAGGUUUUAUAAUAUUGUAUGUAUCAUUGCAGUAAAUAAUUAUUAUUGACAACUAUGAGCAGCUAUUAUUUAUCUCAUUAUGGUAUUGCUGUUAACUGAUAGUGCUAAAUGAAUAUUAUUAUUUAUUAUAUUAAAAUAUUGUCAUUGGCUCAAUCAGCAUUCAUUUAAUUAGCUUUCUCGAUGUCUUUUUGUUUAUGUAAAAUGGCUUAUAGGAAAAGACCAAGGGAAAGAAACGUGUAACUACAGACAGUGGAGCAGGUGAGUUAACAGAACUCAUGGUUUGAGAUAACUUGCUGGACAUGUAGGCACUGAAGAUGUUAUCCAGUCAAACCCAUCUUUAGUAACUUGUCCACGUGCUUUGUUAGCUGGCCAAAUAUCAUUAAGGAAUAACUUAAAACAAAGAAAGAAAACAAUGAAAGAAAAGGCAAUCGUUUUAAUUAUACUGCAAAUGAAGUAUUAUACGCUUUGAAAUAUAAAACCGCCAAGUAAGGGGCUAAUAUUUUAUCAACUAACCCAUGGAAAUGUUGUAAGGACACAAGUUUUACACUCUUUAAGAUCCUGACCCUGUACUGCAGAAAUUGCGUAGAACACAACAUGUUUCAUAUGAAGGUAUUGUUUGUACGCAAUACAUUGUAAAUCGCUGCAUGCAAAGGUAUUAAUUUGGGAACUGUUUUCUUCUAGUAGCAGAUGAUGGUGACAAAGACAACCAAUCAGUUAGUUCAAGUGUUGGUGAAACUAAUGACAGUGCUGCAUCAUCUCCAAGCUCCUCACAGCAGCAGGUCAAUGAACUAUCAACAAGUGCUGUUACUACUUCCAAGUUCCAACCAGUGGAUCCUCUUCAACUGAGUAAUGCUGGAGCACCCUCAGCUGGCGAUAACAGUGGUCAUCCUACAAAUACCAGUCCUAUAAAACGGAGGGCAAGCCAGGCUGAAGAGCUGUUGAAAGCUCAAGAUGCAGGAGGUAUGGUGUACAUGUAAUUACAUACAUAAGAGGUUAUUCAGUAAACUAGGGGAAGUGGUCAUUUUGGAAGUUGAAAGUUCAACAAGUUUUACCCCUGAAAAGAGAUCUUAGUUCCGCUGUAUAAAAUGAAUUGUUUUUACUGUAGCUGAGUUACUGUAUCAAUAUUUUUCUUACAUGCUAAUAAUUUGUUCAAGAACUUUGGUCUGUGAGAAUAUUAUAGACCAUGGAAAAGAUGUGAUGGUGCAGUGCUUCAACAGACCUCAGCCGUAAAGUUUUGUUGUCAUUUUUAUGGUCUUUAAGAAUAGACCAUGGAAAAUUUAUUGUUUUCUGUGUCAUGGUUCAUAAAGGAUUCAUUAGCUUUUAUUCAAGGACUUUUCCAGGACUUAGUAACAAAAUUCAAGGAGUUAAUUUUCUCAGGCACUCGCAUUAUUUUGUCACAAAUAUUACAUAUUUUGAACAGUUGUGCCAACAAACCAAUACCUGUAAGUGCAAAUAACAUCCUAAAACCAAAGGAUAACAGCUUUUUCAGAGUCAAAUAAAUUUCACACUCCUUCAAGCUGUAUUUCCCUCGUGGUUUUGCAUAGAGGGGUGCUGUAGAAUACACUUCGGAGACCCCAUUAAAGGUGUGGUUGCAAAUAUACUUUGAAUAAGAAAUACUUAAUUGUUCUGGAAUAGAAAGCUCUUCGUUCUUUGAGACUGCAAAGGUGUUUCUCAGGAGCUCUGUCAAUCUGUUGCUGUCAAAAUGAACUUACUUUGUUGUAGCAGGGUGCAAAGAAAAUCAUUUGUACUGCUUGCCAUUUGGGCAGGGUGAAGCUAACAUUUACUAGCCCAGACGUCAUUUUAACUAUCCCCAAAAGCUUUUUACAGAGCAGAAUUGAUUUCACAGUUCUUCUGUUAUUCAAAUUCCUCAAAAAACAUCACUUGCCCGUCAGGCAAGUUAAAAACAGAAUUCACUAGCCCGAUAACAAAAUCCACUAGCCCCGGGCUAUCAGACACUACUUUCUUUGCUCGCUGUGUAGUCUCCAGUUUUCAAAGAGUUUUUAACAAAAUUCAAGCACCACUUCUUCAAAUCAUUUUCAAGGACCUAGCGGCCUCUGAAGGAUUAUUCCAGGCCCAUGCGAACCAUGUGUUUGUUAAAUUAAUAUAAAAUAACACACCAUUAUAUUUUAUAUCAUUAGGUUUGUGAUGAAUGACAUUAUUUCUUUGGGUUUACUUGUUUUAGUGGUUAUAUUUACCUUCCCAUUUAUAUCUGUUUUAAGUUGUGGUAAGGUGUGGAGUGGUUACCAGAUUAUUAUAAUCUUGAGAACCUUCAGCAAACAACUUUACACCUUUUAAUAGUGGUCAAAAAAUGAAAACAAAAUCCACCCCCGACAGUACAGAAUGGAUCAUCCCCAUACAUAUCUGUCUCAAAAACUAAGAUGUUACAUUUAUUGUACAUGUAUUUCUUUUUUCAGUGAACUUUGAAGGCAGUGACAAAGGAAGUAUUGGGAUGGAUGAAAAUUCUUGCAGCGGAUUUGAUCUAAAUGAAGACAGUAAUUUAACAAGUAUAAAUGAUGGUAAUAAUGAUGACAACGAAGCUGAUAAUAGCUACAUCAGCAAUGAAGAUGAUGAAAAUGAGGAUAAUGAAAUUGACGAUGAUGAAAAUGAUGAAGAAAACAAUGAAGAUGAUGGUGGUGAAGAAGAUGCACAAAAUGGAUUUGAAGGAGAUGAAAGUAACCUUGCUCCAUCACUUGCUAGGUAAUUUUAAUCUACAUUUUAUUUCAGAUUGAGGAAUGAUUUUUUCUUAGAUCUAUUUUUGAACAUAAUGUAAAUUAAAGUACUGGACAUGUGAUAGUCUCCCUCUAAUGUUAGUGUCAAUGAUAAUUUCCAUUUCCAGUGUCACCAUUGAGGUACAUGUAUAUCUUUUUGUCCAUGUACACUGUAAUUACACUGAGGUAAAGCUGGUUUGUUCAUUUGUAGUGAAUACUAAAUUAGGUAAGGGUCUGUGAGUUAGCUUCCCGUUUGUUAAUUUAAACCUUAUGUUUGUGUAGCGAGGAGAGUGCCACAAUUUCAUACAGACUUGGAAUAGGAAUGGUGCCUGAUGAUGAGGACUCUAGGCCAGGCUUUGAUGAUGGGAAUGAUACUUCUUUGCAACCAGGGACAGAUCUGGCUGGAGAAGAUGUACCUUCCAGUGAUCCUCCCACCCAGAUAACCACUGAUAUAUCAAGUGUGUUAGAGCAGGAUAGCAUUCAGGAGGUAAAAUGAAUUUUGGGGAAAGUUUUGUGGUUCAUAUUUAUCAUAAUCUGAUCUGAAAAGUUUUCUUUAGUUUCAAAUUUAUGUUCCUUUAUGUGACAACAAAAAGAAUUUUUUUGAAAUGUUUCAAAUCAAGUAAUUUUGAACCACCAUUCAACGACUCCAAAUAUCUCUAAUAGCAGUGACUCUAUACAGUGUUAAAGGUGGCGUUACAUAGCAUCUAUAAAUUUUGAGAGUUCAUAAUAAAUAGGCUGUAUGUUAUGUUGAAAUUGAUGUUGCACCAAUUAAGAUCUUACUUGACUUACAGAUGAAAGUAGUCAAACUAAAACCUUACAUAAUAGGAAUCAGUUAUGCUUCACGAGAUUAGUACUCAUGAACUUGACUUUGUACUCAAUUCAAGGCUGUUCUCUAAGGAAAAUUGAAGGGAGCCCAUUGCUCUGAACCUGUAAAAUAUAGGGUGUCUAGCAUAUGAUGUAUAUGAAAAAAGUAAGAUUUUCUAUUCGCCCAAGAGCAAAAGUUACAUGUGUAGGUGCCAGGGGCCACCAGGCUCUGCUAUAGCACAGACCUGGCCCUGGUUGUUCAAACGUUGGAUUGUGCUAUCCAACAGAUAAAUCACUAUCCAGCUGAUAAGUUUGAGGGAAACCAAUAUUGCAUUAUCCAGUGGAUAGAGAUUUAUCCAGUGGCUAGUGUUAUCCACCUUUCGAACAAUUGGGGCCUUAAGUCUUCAAAAAUAUUAUAGUGUAUAAUCAUUAUGAGGCUUUUUUUUAGAUCCUAGACAACUAGAGUAUUAAAACAUGUGUCAAAAUUACUUUUGCUUUAGGAAAACGAAUCUCCACCUGUCAAAAGACUUCGGACGGAUUCUCCCACUGAUCCCCAAGAACAGUAGAGCAGCAUGUAUAUUAUUACGUAAUUAUAAUAUUUUCUCCUACAAGUAGAAAUUUAUUAAAAUGAUAUUUAUCAGGAUUGUAUACUUAAUUAUAAUUUCAACAAAUAGAUUUCUAUUUAUGUCACUUUGGUUCAUUUCUUCAGGUUAAUAUAUUCCUUGCCACCGCUUUUUCUAUCAUCAUUGUAAUGGGUUUAUUUUUAUCACCAAGAACGUUUUUUUGUACAGUACAAACUCUUCUAAGUCACAGAUAAAAGCUUCUUUGAAUCAUUUAAAUUGUGUCGAAUCCUGUAAUCUAUAUUGUGCGUGAUCACUAUAGGUUAUUGUGCUUUUUUUUUGUCCUGUUUGAAACAUUCACAACAAGUUGUGUCACAUCCAAUAGUGAUUAGAACAUAGUCACUUUAUAAUUAAGGGUAAGCCAAAUCUCAAAAAGGUUAAAACCUUAUUGGUAAAACAGCUUUUCCUGACAGAAAAAUAGUUUGUUUAGAAGUAAACUGUAUUAUAUGUAAUAUAGUCUUUUAUAUAUUUUGUUAUGUGCUGAAAUAUUUCUUUGCAGUAUACAUUAAAAUUUCAUACAACAAUUUAAUUGUUGUAUGAAAUUUUUGUUCUGGUUUCAGUUCUGGAAGUAUUUGUCAGUUGUUUCAUAAAUAAUAUUAAUGUCUAACAAACCCAUGUUUCUCAUAAAUGUGAGGCUUUUUUCUUUUGCAGAAGGAAUUUUGGAAGUCUUAUCUUUAGUUUUAACAGUGCAUUUGAAUGGUAUCCAUAUCUUACAGACAUUUUGCCAUUUUUCACAAGAGAUGUUUCGUAUGGUAUACAAAGAUAAUGAUGGCAAAGGGAGUGGCAUUUAAAUGAAUGCACAAAUUGUUAUGCUCAUGAAAGAAACAUUACUAGUAGUAUUUGCUGGUACUGUUUUUUGGACUGUUAUAUUAUGCCUUGUUCACCAAUUUUUGCCAGUGGUAUGACAUGGUCAGUGACAAUAGGCAAUGUUAUUGCCCUUUGUAAUUAUUAUUAUGAGUAUCACAGGGUUCAUACCCUUUUUUGAACAAAAAAUAAAGGACUUUUAAAGACUUUCAAGGACACAUUUCCUGUUUUCCUAUGACUUCAUUCGGUGCAGAGAGACCUGAGUCUGUCUUCUUUAGUUCUUCCACAACAUGAGUAAUUUUAUCCCGAAGGUCUUUCUGUGUUUGCUCCUUUUCCUUUGGAGUUCUGAUUUAUAAAGUUAAACGACUUUCCAGCACUGACUGCAAUUUUCAAGGACUUUCAAGUACUUGCGAACCCUGUUAUUACUAUCAUUAUCAAUUCACUUAAAAAAACAUCACCAUCCAAGAUCAUAGACAGAGAAAAAUGAAAAUAUAUUAUAAUAAAUAUUAUCUUUAUCGUUAUUAUCACCAUUAUGUUGUUUCUUAUGUCAAUCACAACACAGCGGUAUUAUAUGCUUGUUAAGGCUGCGUAGCACCGGAAACCUAUAAGGGGUUUAAUCAACCCCUUUUGAGUUUCUUGUGGCACUCAUUGGAGUCAACAUUGAGGUUUUAUUCUGAUAGAAUCUGUUAGUUUUUAGAGGUGAAUAUACUACCAAGCUUUUGUUUCACACUCCAUUGCUUCAACCUAGCUGAGCUAAAGCAUGACAAAACUUGGGUGGCUUAUGGAAAAUUGGUUGUCAAUAUAAGCUUGCCAUCCUCUCUAAUGUAAACUUGGGAUUAUCAAGACUGUGUUUGCCUUGGC